UCUGUUACGGGUCUCGCAGACGACUGAGCAGCGUUCGGCUGGCGAACCCAGUCUAAAUAUUCAGUCAGGAUGCGUCUGGUGCUGUGCUGGCUGCUGAGCUGCGCCGUUCUCAGUGCGGGCAACACACAGGCUCACGACAUCCCGCUGGAUUCCGGCAUCGGCGCGGACUCGGAGCCCUCUGGCGCUCUGUCGGACCGGCUGCAGAGGAUGGAUGAGCGUCUGAUCCAGCUGGCCGCCCGUCUGGAGUCGCUGACGCACACGGUGGACACACAGCUGGCGCAGCUGGAUAACAGCGUGCUGCAGCUGUACAGGGAGCUGGGCAGCGGCCGGCUGACCGAGGCCGCCGCCGAGCUGCGCGGGGUGCUGCAGGAGGCCCGGGCAGCGCCCGCCGACCCGCAGCUGGUCAGCACCCUCAGCCAGGAGAUCCGCCAGUCGGAGCAGCUGCUGCAGGCGCAGCUCAACGACACGCAGCAGCGGCUGGUGACGCUGCUGGAGGAGGGUCGGCCCGCCGCCGCCGCCGCCGCCUCCCCGGCCACCACGACCGUGAUCGUGGAGCGGUGCAGCUUCCCGGACCAGUUCCAGCGGACGGACGAGUGGCGGCCGGCCGACUGCGCGGCGGUCCAGCAGCGCCACCAGCGCAGCGGCGUCUACACCAUCUACCCGCCUGUCUGCGGCAACGGCGGCGGCAUCCGCGUCUACUGCGACAUGGACACGGACGGCGGCGGCUGGACCGUGCUGCUGAGGCGCGCCGACCUCCCCGACCACCAGGACUUCGACCUCGGCUGGGACAGCUACAAGUGGGGCUUCGGCAACCUCAGCGCCGAGUUCUGGCUUGGCAACGAGUACAUGAGCCUGCUGACCAGCAUGGAUCAGAUGCAGCUCCGUGUGGACCUGAAGGACUGGGAGAACAACUCCGUGUCGUCCACCUACACACCGUUCUCUGUGGGCUCCGAGCAGCAGAAGUACGUGCUGAAGGUCGGCAAGUACGAGGGCAAGACGGGCGACGCGCUGACAUCGCUCAGCAAUGGGGCCAAGUUCUCGACCAAGGAUCAGGAUAACGACACCUGGAGUAAGAAAUGCGCCGUCGAGUACCAGAACGCGUGGUGGCACAAGAGCUGCAUGCAUACCACUCUGACAGGUCCGUACGUGCCGAAAACGAUGAAGAAACACUGGAUUGGAAUUACUUGGCACCAGUGGAAGGGCAACAAGUACUCGUUGAAGCAGGCCGAACUGAAGAUGCGGCCCGUCAACUAUAUGACCUGGUGUCAUAAGCUUGCCAACGAGGGAGCCCGAGAGUAAUUUCACCACAGCCAACUGGGAAAUGGAUUCAGGACAGACUUUUCAUUUUCUUGUUCCCUUUCUCGCUGUUUUUUCAUAAAUCAUUGUUUACUAAAUUUAAUUCCAUCGAGCUAACUACCUGUUGCAUGAAGGUGAAAAAAGUCUAGAUUGUGAAAUGUAUAUGUUUGGUUUAUACAAAGCAUAGAUGGCAGAUUCUUGAGAUGGUUGUUCCGGUUUCGAGUAAAGGUUUGACAUAUUUUUAGCUGUUAUAUGUCUUUCCAUGUAUUUCCGCUGAGGCUUAAGAUAAUACAUAUAUUGAUGGUUACGUUUUUAGAUAUCUAAAUAAUAUGCUGACUUGUAUGAUGUUAAUGCACUUUGUCAAUUUUAUCUGAAAAUAUACUGAACUAUGAUCGUGGCUAA